GUAACGGCGCCAUUGGUACAACAGCGUAGAACAAAACGACGAGUGAGCGAAAACAAAACGUUGAUUCUGAUUGGCUUAGUUUUCAAUUGAACGAAGAAACCAAAGUUUUCCGAAGGAAACAAUAGCGCAAAAAGACGUCAGAGAGCUGAAACCGUACCUUUUCAGUUCAACUCUCCUCCAUUGGAUGUCGCUCGCAAUCAAUUUCCAUGGAAAAGUCUUCCACGUCAUCAAGAUUCCGGUUCAGAGAUCACCAACUAUUGGAGAACUCGGAGCAGUCCAGCACCAGUUCCGAUAUUUCCUCCGAUCCUGAUGACGAAUCUGAGCUCCAAUCGAUGACUGCAAAGGGGAUAAAACAUCUUUGUUUAGAAUUGCUUGAGUUAAAGGCGGAAUCAGAUGAAGAUUUUCACAGGAAUAUCUUUUUAAACUAUGCGGCUUUUGUUAGAGUAUUUGAGGAAGUAGAAGGUGUGGAAGACCAACUGAUGCAACUAAAAUCCCAAGUUAAUCAUCAGAAAAGACUUGUAAAUAACCUUAUAGAUGACAUAUAUUUAAAGGCUUUGUCAAAAGAGUCAAUUGAAUCGAUCAUUGAGGAAUCUGUAAUUGCUGAGCCAUCUGUCCCAAGCGAAUUGGAGGCUCACAUUGGUGAUUUAUCAGAAGCCAUGGGCAUUCUCCUGGCAGAAAAUAGAAUUGAUGAAGCCAUGAACAUUUUAGAAAUGGAGGAUGAGAAUUUUCAGAGACUACAGUAUGAUGACAAUUAUGAUGAAUCCGAUGUGUUACUGUUAUAUGACUCUGCAAUUUCUGAAAAGAGGGAUAUGCUCAUGCUACAGUUGACAUUGAUGGCUGAAAAUCCCAGAAUAUCUGCACCAGAACUUCAAAAGACACUAGUUCAAGUUUGUAGACUGGGUGAUAGCCAUCUUGCAACUCAGUUAUUGCUUAAAUAUUAUCAUUCACGUAUUGCAACUGGAAUACAUAAUUUGCAGGGUUCAAAAUCAUAUUUACAUGGGGUAUACAUUAGGGAGCUAGCAAAGUUUGUAUUUUCUAUGAUUUCUCAAGCUGCAAGGAGUUUUGCAAUGCUAUAUGGGGAAACUUCACCUUAUGCUUCAGAACUUAUUCAGUGGGCCUGUGAGGAAACUGAAGUGUUUGUUGCUUAUUUUAACAAGUAUGUUAAGCCCAUCUCAGAAAUGAGUGGUGGAUUGUCCACAGCAGUAGAAGCUGUACAGUUUGCAAUGUCAAUUUGCACUUUGUUAGAAUCUCACCGAUUAGUUUUGCGGCCAUGUUUGAUCAAGGAAAUUCGGCCUUGUAUGGAAGAAGUUGUACAGAUACAUAUAGACCAUUUUAAGAAAGUAAUUGUUAUCUUUACAGCAACUGAUGCCUGGGUUUUGGGUAGAUAUAUUGUGUCAAGAAUCUUGAAUGAAGAGGGAUCUUCAGUUGUUGUUGGGCAACAACCAGAAUAUUGCUUGCUCACUAACAGUGGCCGGAAGUUUAUAACGCUGUUGCAGACUAUCACUGCUGAUGUUAUCCCUUUAGUUUCACUUCAAAUGGAAGGUUCUAUCCUCAGAGGACUCAUGGACCUUUUUACAGAAUAUAUUGGCAUCCUUGAAAAAGUCAUCACCUGUGAAACUAGUGACUCAGAGAAAGGAGGUGCCAGGAUAAAUUUGGCAGAGUCACUGCCACAACAGGUUUCUGUUCUGGCUAAUCUAUCAACAUUACAACAUUUCUUCUCUGGCACUGUUAGAAGCAUCUUUAGGGACAUCAAUGAAUUGGUUGGCUUUCAACAGAGAGAACUUAAUAGUUGUUUAAAGUUCAUCCAAGCAGCUAGCGAUCAGCUCAGAUUUCAUUUCUGCCAGAAAUCAUUAUAUAGAAUGAUGUCUCUCCAAAGUGGUCUUGGAAGUAUACCAGAAGCUUGCACUGAUAAUGCUGUUAAUCAUGACAUGUUGCCUGAUGUGAUGCCCUCUCACGUCUUUCAGGUUUUGUUUUUAGAGCUAAGAGCAUUAAACAAACUUGCCGAAGACAAUGCUUUUGAACUGGAUUGGUUCAACGAGCUGCUGAGGGAACUAAUAGAGGCCAUAUUUGAUUGGAUUUCAAGCAACAAACAGAUCUGGGCACCCAUUGAAAAAAAUUUGACUGGCCAAAAUUCUUAUGUUUUCAAUCAGUUUGUAUUCGACAUUCAUUUCCUUGUCGAAAUCGCAAAGCAUGGAGGGUAUUUCUCCAACAACCCCUCAGUCCUUGUGGAUCUCAUGAAUUCAGCUUUUAUUUCGGCAGGACUGGAUCCUAGAAGGGAUGUUAAUGAUGAUGGAUGGAUCAAGAAUUCUGCAGAAGCAAUUCAAAGGCUAAUGGAGAUUCGGGAACUGAAAUCUCUUGAUGAUGGUACAGGAGAAAAACAAGAUGAUGAUAGUGUAGAUUUAGGAGAUGAAAACCAAAUAAAUUAUGUAACUGACUCUUUCCAGGAUGAUGAUAGAGGUUCUUCAGAGGAUUCUGAAGUGUCCACAGAUGCAUCAGAAGUUGCCAGUGAUACAAAGUGACAUUGGAUACAGAAUCCAACCCCCUUGAGGGCGUUGUUGAAGCUUCUGAAGUAAGGGAGGAAAAGGCAAGCAAUGAACCUAAUGCAACUGAAUUUUUUAUCAGCAAGCAAGGAGAUGAUGCAGAAAUAGAAUUGUUAGGAUUUGAAGUCACUUAAACAGAAGAUUAUGCCCCACUACAAGACAAAGAUGGAAGGAUCUCUGAAGAGAGAUGAAUGCCUUGGUUUCAUGGAAGAUUGUGACACAGGCAAACAGAAAUUCUAAAAUUGCAAACAAUUAUCUGUGAACUACGACAUACGAUUAUUUAUUUGCAUAAAUUUGAGAUCUUAAUUUUUAUUUUUAGUUCUUUUAAUAUAA